CUCUCUCUCUCUCUCUGGUUGCUCUUGGCUAUGGUGGUGAAUAGUCAAGCUUUCUUGUUGGCAUUAAUUGCAUUACUUGGAACCCAACUGUCUUCACUAAUGGCUGCAGAUUGUCCAUUAGAUUUCACUUCAUCAAACUUCACUCUAGUAGCUUCCGUCUGCUCCAAUAUAACCAACAGAGGCAAAUGCUGCCGCUACAUGAACGCCUUUGUCGCUAUAUCCGUGGCUCGUUACGCUAACUUGUCAAACAAUCUAGGAGUCACAUCAGACCUAUCCGAGACCUGCAUUGGCUCCAUCUCCAAAACAAUGGAGCUCUACGGGGUCUCUAGAAACGCAACUAGCUUCUGCGGUCUAGGAACCAAGAUCCUCGUCAGGUACAACUGCGAAGGUCGGACCACCGUAACGCAAAUGCACCAGUCUCCAACGUUUGGACACGUUACAAGAAACUGCAGGGGACCGCUUUCUCCGGUUAACCAAUGCAGGAAGUGUUUGAACUCUGGUAUCACUUACCUUCGCAAUCUAGUUGGUGCAGAGACUAAUAACGUUACUCUAAGUACCUGUCGUGACGCGACUUACGCUACAUUAGCGAGCCGUAUGGACGAUGCUUCGGCUCUUGAGCUGCUUGGUUGUUUCUUUCAAGUGACUGAGCUUAGUGUUGUUCCUUCUUCAGUCUCGUUUCCACCGGUGGCGAGUCCUGGACCGUCUCCAAGCGUGGUUGGUGGUACUGCUGCUAUCCCAAGCAAGAGUGAUUCUCCAAUGACUUCAAGUGAAAGCAACAAUCCAUAUCACUUAACAUUGGUUCCAACCAUUGGGAUUGUUGUUACAGCGGUUUCUCUUACGAUGCUAGUGGUUCUGGUGAUUCUUAUACGUAGAAAGAACCGUGAACUCGAUGAGUCCGAGAGUUUGGAUAGAAAAUCAGCAAAGGCACUUCCUUCUCCCCGGCCUGUAUUCAAGAUUCAUCAAGGUGAUUCUUCUCCUUUCCAAAAGUUCAGCUACAAGGAAAUGAGAAAUGCAACGAAUGAAUUCAAGACGGUGAUUGGUCAUGGAGGUUUUGGGACUGUUUACAAAGCCGAGUUCAGCGAUGGAUUGGUUGCAGCUGUAAAGAGAAUGGACAAAGCCUCUGAACAGUCUAAACAAGAUUUCUGCAGAGAGAUUGAGCUUUUAGCUAAGCUUCAUCACCGUAACCUCGUUGCCUUGAAAGGCUUUUGCAUCGAAAAGAAAGAAAGGUUCCUCAUCUAUGAGUACAUGAAAAAUGGCAGCUUAAAAGAUCAUCUACAUUCUACAGAGAAGCCUCCACUUAGUUGGGAAACAAGAAUGAAAAUAGCUAUUGAUGUGGCUAAUGCUUUGGAAUAUCUUCAUUUCUACUGUGAUCCACCACUCUGCCACAGAGACAUUAAAUCCAGCAAUAUAUUACUCGAUGAGAGCUUUGUUGCUAAACUUUCAGAUUUUGGCCUUGCACAUUCAUCUAGAGAUGGGUCUGUUUGUUUUGAGCCUGUGAAUACUGAUAUCCAUGGAACUCCAGGGUAUGUAGAUCCAGAGUAUGUAGUAACACAACAGCUGACAGAGAAGAGUGAUGUGUACAGCUACGGAGUUGUGUUGCUGGAGAUUAUAACUGGAAGAAGAGCUGUUGAUGAAGGCAGGAAUCUUGUUGAAACGUCUCAGCGGUUUCUAGUGACUAAAUCAAGACACAAGGAUUUGGUAGACCCGAGGAUAAAAGACUCCAUUGACGAUGAUGAUGAUGAGGAGGGAGGGAAACAGCUUGAAGCUGUUGUGAGGGUUGUGAGAAUGUGUACAGAGAAAGAAGGCAGGUCUAGGCCAUCGAUAAAGCAAGUGUUGAGGAUGUUGUGUGAAAGCUGUGAUCAGUUGCAUAGCGGAUUUGCUAAAGCUGUUGAUGAGGAGGUAGGACAAGAUACUAUGCAGAGAACCGUUUUGAGAUUUCAAAGGAGCAAUAAUAACCGAUUCGUUGGUUCUUCAUCUUCCAAGUCAUUUGGCAGCCAGAGUGUACCUCACUCUCCAAUAAAUGGACUCUCUUUCUGAGUUAUUUUUUUUUUAAGCUUACUUAUAAAUAUAACAUUUAUGGAUUCAUAUUAAAAGCUCCCAUCA